ACAUUUAGAACAAAUUGUUCAAAUAUUUGAGUAACAACCAUUACCACUUUCUGUUUUGUCUAUAGUUGAUACCAACAUAUAACCAACCUGAUAAUAUUCAAUGUCAUUAGACACCCAAUUCAGAAUUAGGUUGCUUCUAGAGAUCGGUGGUUUCCCAGGCAGUUUCGGAAUUGUUUUGUAUUGUUCAAGAUAAUGUCUUCUGUAAGUAGUAAUGAGCAAAGCAAGACCAAGACCAAGACUAAUUUUGCUCAUCACGAUCUGUAAGUCAACUGACUUCGGAAAUUAUUCUUUAUGAAUUGGACUUAAACUGAAGAGCUGAUAACUCUAGCAGACUGUCUUAUAACUCCACGUCUAGCCGGUUGAACUGCAGCAUGACGAUAGGAUCAACAUUAUCGUUUUUCAGAUAAUAUCAAGUGUUUUUUAUUUGAAUGAAUUACUAUCAGAUUAAUUGAUCUUUACAUUCAAGACAUAAAUAUAUUGAUUUUUUUUUUCAAUUCUCAAUUGUCAUUUCGUCGAAAAUGUCAACUAAAUUACUAAUAGCGACUUUAGCUCUGCUACUUGUUCAUGGUUCGUCAGGUCAACAAUGUAACACACGAUCGUUCCAACGCCUUUGUGUCACCGACGGCGAUAAUGUGGUACUCGAAAACGAAAGGCUAUCAAUGACUAUUAACAAAGCAAAGGGACAGAUCACUGCACUUUAUUAUAAUUCGCAUGUUGAUACUAAUAUCAAAUGGACCAACCUGCUGAGAGGCGGCUCUGCCUAUUACAUUGCCGUUAUUAGUGUCGACGGCAAGGAAUUGACGACCGGACCUGAUGUAGGAGAAAUGAAGAUUACACAGAAUACUAACCUUAUCGACUUGGGAUUCAUCAACAAGAACACAAGCAAUUGGCCAAUUCACUUUGAGUUUCAUUUGACCCUCGAAAAGAAUUCAUCCAUGUUUUACUACUAUUCCAUUCACAAGUACCAAAGAGAUGGUUAUACUGCCGGUCAGCUAAGAUGGGCAAUAAGAGCUAACGAGGACCUAUUCAAGUACUACAGCGUAGAUGGAAAAAGGGCAGGACCUAUGCCUACCCAGCAGGCCAUUAACUCUGCUCAGUCUGUACAGAACUCGACCUAUAUGUUCCCAGACGGAUCAGUUUACUCGAAAUAUCAGCAAAUAUCGGCUAAUGAAGACAUAAACACUGUGUUCGGUAUUUAUGGCGAUCGCAUCGGACUAUCUUUAUUGCAGACACACAAAGAGUGGGUCAGCGGUGGACCAUUCAAACAGAGCCUGACAACGCACGCCGGUCAAAUGCUGCUCUUCUGCGAACAUACAGGAGAUUACGGCACACCAGAACUGGCGCCCACCAGGGGAUGGAGCAAAGUGUACGGUCCGAUCGGCUUAUAUCUCAAUGAUGGUCAAAGUCUUUCGCAAAUGUAUUCCGACGCUCAGAGACAACUCAGUGAUGAGGAGAAGAAGUGGCCGUACCAGUUUGUCACCGCACCAGAGUACAAUGCGCAAGGGAGGGGCAGUGUGGAGGGGACAAUAAGUAUACAUGGGACGCCGACUUAUGAAUGGGAAUACUUUAUUCUGACCGAACCUCACGUUGAUGACCCACAGUUAGAGACGGCCACUUACAUGUAUUCUGCAAUUGCUGAUCAAAAUGGUACAUUUACAAUACCAGCUGUAAGACCAGGCACGUAUAAGCUGCAAGUAAUAGCAAAGGGUGUGAUUGGAAAAUACAUUCAAAACAACAUUAAUGUGCAAGGGUAUAGGAAAAGCAAUCUUGGAAUAAUCAAUUGGAGUCAAGAAAGCCAUGGCAAACUACUCUGGCAGAUCGGUGUACCCGAUAGAACUUCGGCAGAGUUUAAAUCUCCAAGAGGAUUUCCAUCACCUAUCCCUAAUUUAGAAGAAUACCGCAAGUUUGGCACGUGGUUGAGAUAUUCCAUAGAAUUUCCUAAUGAUCCGGACUACACAGUAGGCGUUAGUGACCCUGCCAAAGACUGGUGCUAUUUUAUGCCGAUGAUUAAGACACCUGGCUUCCCCGCUCAACUCGGACUGGUCAAUGUCACCCAAAAUGCGCUUCCUACCAACUGGAAGGUCAGAUUCAACUAUACCGGAUCAACCCAAGGCAACGCCACAUUAACACUAGGUUUUGCUGCUAGCGUCAGAGGUGGUAUUCGUGCGGUGGUCAACGGUCAGGAGAUUUUUAAGUUGGACUCUUUUGACGGGCCACAAGUUGAUUCUGCGCUGUUUCGUCACUCUUGUCAUGGCAUAUUCCGUCAGCAAACUGUAACAUUUAGUCAGUCACUACUGAAGGACAACAAUCUUCUAGAAUUCACGCCUCCUGGCCCAGUAAGUCAGAAUCAUUUCGACAGAAUGAUAAUGUGGGAUUUCUUGAGAAUGGAAGUCAGCAAUUAAUUGUGCUUUUAUGUACUGUAAGAAAGUUUUAUUGUACAAAAA